AAAAUAAUUACUGUACAUAUUAUUUUUUUAGGUGGAAGCUAGUAAAAUCAUAUUCUACUUUUAAAAAAUUAAUCAAUUAAAUAAUAUUUAUAUUUUUACCAGACAUUCAUUUAGCAGUCUUAAUUACUUUGUGAUAAUUUUUGGAUGUUCGGAUAUUAUUGAUUUCCUGCUGAUGUUGUAAAAUAUCCACGAGUAAUUAAGAUUUGAUUCAUUAGAGCAGAGGGUUGUGAAAUUCAUUCAAAGUUAGUAGGAAAACAUUACCGAGAUUAAGACAAGAGAGGAGGCAACAUAAGCCGAUCGAGGACUGCCGAGACAAGACAGAACAGAACAGAACAGGAUAGUUGUCUAAUUAAUAGCAUCCCAUGUACGUUUAAAUUAAGGGGAUUUAUAUUAAUUCAGAUAAAAUAAAAAGGAGGUCUAACGAAGGGAACCAUCAGCCACGAAAUCGUUAACAUAAUAAGAUUGUAACUUUCCAUUACUGGGCUAUCUUUUCACUAUAAAAAAGCAUGUUUGAAUCAUCAUCGCUAGACACAAGAAAAUCAUAGUUCUGUACAAACUUGGGGGGAGAGUGCCAGCUCUGAUAGACUUUGGUUGAAAUGGCUUUCAAGCUCUCAAUUUCUCUUGCUCUUCUUGCAAUUCUUGUACUGGUGGUGGGUUCCGAAGCUGGUGGAAUAGCGGUUUACUGGGGUCAGAACGGCAAUGAGGGCACCUUGGCGGAGACUUGUGCCACCGGAAACUACGACUACGUAAUCCUAGCGUUCCUCCCGACUUUUGGAAAUGGUCAGACUCCGAUGAUUAAUCUCGCUGGUCAUUGCGAUCCAUACAGCAAUGGCUGCACAAAAUUAAGCCCGGACAUAAAAUCAUGUCAAGUCAAAGGCAUCAAGGUGAUGCUCUCUAUUGGAGGAGGAGCUGGGAGCUACUACCUCACCUCAAAGGAGGAUGCAAAGCAAGUGGCGAACUACCUUUGGAAUAACUUCCUGGGAGGAAAUUCUUCGUCUCGCCCACUCGGCCCAGCUGUUCUUGAUGGAAUUGACUUCGAUAUUGAAGGAGGGACAGACCAGCACUGGGAUGAUCUUGCCAGGUUCCUUUCAGCUUAUAGCAAGCAAGGUAAAAAGGUGCACCUAACUGCAGCUCCUCAGUGCCCAUUUCCUGAUGCUUGGGUAGGAAAUGCACUGCAGACAGGUCUCUUUGACUACGUCUGGGUUCAAUUCUACAACAAUCCUCCUUGCCAAUUCUCCGGGGAUAUUGCCAAUCUUGAAGAUGCAUGGAAGCAAUGGAUUUCAAGCAUCCCAGCUCAAAAAAUCUUCCUGGGAUUGCCUGCUGCUCCUGAUGCAGCUGGAAGUGGCUUCGUUCCUGUAGCUGACCUUACUUCCAAAGUGCUUCCAGCAAUCAAGGGCUCUGCAAAAUAUGGUGGUGUUAUGCUGUGGUCCAAGUACUAUGAUGAUCAAACUGGCUAUAGUAAAUCAAUCAAGAGCCGCGUCUGAAAAAACAAUAGUUGAUCUCUUCACAUAUAUGUCUAAUACCAGUUAUAUAUCUGCAUAAAUUGCCUCUCAUGUAGAGGCAGAUUUCAUGUUUUUGUUACAUGUUGUCGACUCGUAUUUUGUCUGAUCUCCUUUCCCUUUUUCAGAUUUUA